UAUUUCAAAAUAUUUGUGCAUUAAAUAAGAAAAAUAUGUCCAUACAACAUUAUUCAACUUUAUUUUAAGGACAUUUUCAUUCUAUAUUAACCUUGCAAUUAAUUUCGAACAGAGGUAGCAUUGAAAAAGCCUGUUAUAAUUUUCCUAUCUCCACUGUCAUUGACAAAGACACCAUAAUCUAAACACACCCUACAAAACCAAUUAAACCAUCCUGCAGCACAAAAGACCAUUUGAAAAUUUCUACACAUAAAAAUUUCUUUUAGAAACAAGAAAAAAGAAACAUCUAAAUUUGCAAAUUCAUCAUCAUUAAUUUCUUCUAAACAUCCAUAUUCUUCCACAUUUUCAUCAUUUUUUUUUCUACCAUAAAAAAAAGUAAGAAAUAAUUCAUCAACAAUGGAGAAAAAUAUAUUGUUUAGAAAAUACCAGAUCGGAGGAUUACUCGGGGCUGGCGGGUUUGCGAAAGUGUACCUUGCAUUGAACAUCCACAGCGGCCAAAAGGUAGCGAUCAAAGUCAUGAGCAAGCAGAAAAUCAACGAGAAAAAUAUAAUGUCCAAUAUCAAAAGAGAGAUAACAAUCAUGGGCCGUCUUCGACACCCGAACAUCGUUCGUUUGUACGAAGUUUUAGCCUGUAAACGAAAGGUCUAUUUCGUGAUCGAGCUAGCCAAAGGCGGCGAGCUUCAGGCUAGGAUAAAGGACAAUCAUCAUUUUAGCGAAGAGCUCAGCCGUAUGUAUUUCCAACAGCUAAUCUCAGCUGUUGGGUAUUGUCAUUUCAGGGGUGUUGUUCAUCGUGAUUUGAAACCACAAAAUCUUUUGCUCCAUGAUGGCAAAUUAAAAGUGUCUGAUUUCGGGCUCGGUGCUAUCAGGGUUCUGAAAGACAGAAAUGAUCAGCUGUUACGGACGAAGUGUGGGACGCCUGCGUUUGUGGCGCCGGAGAUGUUACAUAGGCGAGAGUAUGAUGGUGCUAUGGUUGAUAUUUGGGCAUGUGGGGUGAUAUUAUAUCUUCUUACAGUUGGAUAUUUACCGUUUGAUCAUCCAAACCAAAUGGCUAUGUAUAGAAGAAUAAUGGAGGGAAGAUUUUUCUGUCCGAAAUGGAUGUCAUCUGAUCUGAUUCGAUUUCUGGGUCGUUUGCUUGAAAAGAACCCGAAUAAUAGGAUCACUAUUGAUGAGAUAGUUCAUGACCCUUGGUUCAAGAAAGGGGGUUUGUUUAAAGGCAAAGGUCCUGAGUAUAAGUUCCCAUUUUACCAUGAUAAUUAUGGUGAGGAAUUUGAUACUUCUGCUUUACAGCAGCCGCAGCAGCAGGUGGCUGCACCCGAGGCAACCAGUAGUACAGGUAUACCACUGAAUGCAUUCGAUUUAGUUGCAUUAUCACCAGCUCUAGAUUUGUUGGGUUUGUUCAAGGAGUGUUAUGAUCCAUUUGAGGAUAAUGAGAAGUUUUUUUCAAAUGUUCCUGUGGAUAAGAUCCUUGACACCAUCGAGGAGGUUGCAAACGAGCUGGACUUGCAGGUCCGCAGGAGGAAGAAGUAUGGUGUUGCGGACUUGCUUGGGACUAAGGGUGAUUUAAUUGCCAGGGUAGAGAUUGAUCAACUAACUGAAGAAUUUGUAAUUGUUGAAUUGAAGAUAAAAGGAGAUUUUGUAUCUGACAAUGAAAUUUGGAAGAAAAAGCUGAUGCCUAAACUUUCUGAGUUAAUUUAUAGAAUUCCUGAAUCAAAACCUUUGGAAGAAGAAAAGGAUACUAAACACGAAGAUGAACAAAAGGAUGCUAAACAUGAUGAUGAACAAAAGGAUACUAAACGCGAUGAUGAUGAACAAAAGGAUACUAAACAUGAUGAUGAACUUGCUCUUGUUGUUUCCGUUGAUCAAUUGACAAUCGAGCACACACAGGUAAUUAGUUGAUUACCAGUUAUAUACUCGAUCUUCAUUUCAGAGUUUUUUUUUGUGGACGUUUUCAACAUUGACACCAACUACUACAAGUUUUGGGAGAUUUGUAAUGGAAAAUCGAUAUGAUAUCGAUUUUGGGAAAUGGAGAAUUGUUUGUGCAUUUGGUGUAUAUCAUAGAUGAAUUGUGUUAAUCUUUAUUUUGUGAGUACAGUGUGUUUUACUGAGUUUUUUUUAUUUACUGUUGUGGUAAGGAAAAUGAACUUGUGUAGUGGUCUAGAAAUGUAAUGACAUUUUAAUGUAAAUAUUUUCAAUUUCAAGUUAAUUGUACAAAAUACAUAUAUAUUUCAUUAAUGAGAAUUCUCUAAUCAAGGGAAAUUGAUGCAUAACCUUAUACAUCCAACACAUUUCAUUGUUCAAUGUCCAUCCUUUCCACUGAUCUUAUUGUCGCCUAU